AUGUCAAUACGCUCUAAACUUAAUGCAGCGGAAAAUUCGAGGGCAGAAAACGGGCAAAAUGUUGUGCUUCAACAAAAAGUUACGAUUAACGUGCGCGGCGAGAUGUUCGAAACAUUUGAACACACUUUGUCUCGCUUUCCGAGGACCUUGCUGGGGUCUCAAACUAAAAGGAACCGAUUUUACAAUCCGAUUCGGCGAGAAUAUUAUUUUGAUAGAGAUAAGGCAGUUUUUAACUCGAUCCUUUUUUAUUAUCAGUCAAAUGGAAUCCUCUCCAAGCCGGAAACUGUUUCGUAUGAGAUAUUCUCUUCGGAAUUAAAGUUCUUCCAACUCGAUGGCUUUUACGAAGAUUCCGAUGAAGAACUCGAUGCACAACUUGCUGCAGCAGCGAGACGGAAAGCGACCGAAAGUUUGCCGUGCUUGCGAAAGUUCAAUAGGACAAGAAGAAACGUGUGGCGUUUUUUCGAUCAACCAAUUACUCCGGCGGAGAGAACUUACACAAAGUUUUCGUUGAUACUGACCGUUCUAUCGCUGGUUUCUUUGUGCUUAGAGUCACUGCCAGAAUUACCGAAGAAACCGGACCAGCUUCAGAAUCAGGAAGGGAAUUCAACAAUGGAAGCUGUGGAUUAUGAUAUUGUUUGGUCAUCUGUUGAGGUGGUCUUUACUAUAUGGUUUACCGUGGAGUUGAUUCUCCGUUCAUUGUGCGCACCAAAGAUCGCGCAAUUCGUGAUCUCCUUUAGUUUUUUAGUGGAAAUUACUGCCUUGUCGCCAUUGUACGUGAAAAUAGUCGUUAAGAACGUUACGGGUCAGGAUGCAAGUCAUGUGGUACCAGAUCAGAUUUUGCGUUGUCUUCGCUUAGCGAGGCUACUUAAACUGAAAAGAUAUAGCGUCGGCAUACGACUUCUGUUUGAAACAAUUGUGGACAGUCGCGAGCAUAUGAGCUUGUUCGUAUUAUGUAUAGUGUUUAACACAAUUUUUUUUUCCAGCUUCGUGUAUUUUUCCGAGGGCGAAGGGGAAAGCUCUCAAUUUACUAGUAUUCCGGCGACAUUCUGGUUCACCAUAAUAACCCUUUCAAGCGUAGGAUACGGAGACUUCGUUCCGACCUCAGCGAUAGGAAAGUUGGUGGGCACAUUUUGUUGUAUUGGAGGCACUGUAGCCAUGUUCUGUUUUACCCCUGUAUUGUUCACGGAAUUUCGCAAAUCCUGGCAGCGUUAUUAUGCGGAAAUGUUGGAAAUAAAAGCACAGAGAGGCGAAGAUGCCCGUGAAGACGAUCAAGUACACUACAGAAGCCAAACUGUACGUCUACGAUGUCAGGAUGAAGUCUCUCAGGCGCUACUGGAAAGAGCGAAUGCCGUACAUGGAUAAGAGCGCAGAUUUUAACAGAUGUAAUUUGAUUUUCUUUAUUUAAUCCAGUUGCCGCUGGUGGCGAAUCUAUGUCUCUUUUCCUCGAGGAAAGGCGUCCAAGCGAACCACUAGAUUUUCUCCUUCGUUUACAAGACAAGUGCUUUAUCGUGGUAACUCAAGAAAGUGCUCUUGGUGGUAAGGGCUUCGCUAAUCAGUUUGACCAAGCUAAUUUCUUAGAGUGUUGCGAAAUGCGAAUCUUUGGGCGACUUCGCUCUUCUUCGUGCGGUAGUUUCUCGAGUUUGCAUCAGAGAAUAUCAGCAACCUUAUUUCGAAUAUUGUUUUCAAAGCCAUCUCGACUUUAA